AUGCCGACGUUGCGGGAAACCUUCGCAUCGGACGACAGGACUGAGCGACAGCGCCAACUCGGAGAGCUGACGCUGGGAGAGCUCGCCCAGCUGCAGAGCGAGAUCAGUGUCCUCUUGCAGCGAAGGAUCCGGAUGCUCGAGGUCGUGGCCAUCGACGGCCGCCGCGAGGAUUUGUUUCCACAGCACAUGCAGGAGUAG